AUGGAUGGGAAAAUCCGGCAGAGCCGGCGGUCUCGGUCCCAGCGGGACCGCGUGAGGCGGAGGGAGGCGUGUGCCCGCCAAGCCCGGGACCAGAGCCCGUCGUCGGGCUCCGAGAGGGAGCCGAGCCCCGGCAAGGAGAACACCAGCCACAACUGCGCCCCCCCCGCGCGGCAGGCCGCCGGCCCUGCCGCCGGGCCCGGCCCCGCCGCCGGCCCCCCCGCCCCCGCCGGCGGCCCCCCCGGCCCCGCCGCCGCCGCCCCCGCUCCCGCCGCCGCCCCCCGCAACGCCCGCCCCCCGCGCCGCCGACGCAGAGAGUCCAGCUCCCAGGAGGAGGAUUUAAUCGAUGGCUUCGCGAUCGCCAGCUUCAACUCCCUGGAAGCCUUGGAGAAGGAUAUGUCACUGAAGCCCCAGGAGCGCAAGGAAAAAUGGGAGAGGCAUCCUAAUAAGAAAGCCCGAGAAUCUGAAAACUGCCUGUCGGCGGAGCCCAGCGAGAACGGACGCACCCAUGAUGCCGGCAGCACGGAGCGGGAGCCCGAUCGGGGCAAGGAGCGAGUGAAGAAGAAAUUCUCCCUGCAGAUCUCCAAGCAGAUGAAAGUCCCCGGGAGCAAGAGUGGCAGCAGGAACAGCGAGGAGGACAGCGUCCAGGAGGCCACCAGCUCCCAGCGCAGCACCUCCAGGGACCGGCUCAGCGAUAGUUCUGCUCAGUCGUUUUCAGGAAGAGGCUAUUCCUGUGACAGCGAGAGUGAUAUUGACGAUAAGGCAUCCGUAGGCUCCGAGAAGCUUUUUGCCCCUGCAGCGAAUAAAGGCCCAGCCCUGAAUGACAAGCCAGAAGCAAAGGCCCCAGCCGCGCCCAAGGUGUCGGGGCUGGAACGCAGCCAGGAGCUGAGCACCGAGACGCCUUUCGUGCUGCCCAUCCCCAGCCCCCAGCCGCCAGCUGCCGUGGUCACCUCCACCUCGUCGUCGGCGCCCCCCUCCAGCGCCAGGGCCAGCCCGCUGGUGAAGAAGGAGCCUGUGGCCCCUGCCCCACCCCGGCUCACGCCGCAGCCACUGCCGCCCCAGGCCCCUCCCCAGACCCCGCUCCAGGCCCCGCCCCAGGUCCCGGCCAGGUCACAGUCGCAGCCGCAGCUGCUGUCCGAGCCGCGGCCCCAACCUCUGCCCCACAUUGGGCCCCCUCUGGGCUACCCGCUGCAUCACCAGGUGGCCCACAACGGGCUCAACAACCUCAGCCGGAGCAGCAGUGCCAGCAGCGCCACAAGCAUCAGCCUGCCGAAGCACGUGGCGUUGUCCCCGCAGGUGCCGGCCACCCACGGCCCCGGCCCAGCCCUGCCCCUCUCCAUCUCCAACCUCGCUACCUCGCACUUCUCUCUCAGAUCGCAGGCCCAGCACCAGCACCACCCGGCCAUGUUCGCCGCCCCACCGACGCUGCCCCCGCCUCCCGCGCUGCCCACUAACAGCCUCGUGAUCCCAGGCCACCCAGCCGAUCACGAGCUGCUCAGGCAAGAGCUGAACAACCGGUUUUUGGUCCAGAACUCGGACCGGGCCGGUGCCUCUCUGGGCCCGGUGCCGCUGCUGAGGGCGGAGUUUCACCAGCACCAACACACCCACCAGCACCAACACACCCACCAGCACACAUUCACUCCUUUCCCAACGGGCCUGCCCCCGACGCCGCUUAUGCCGCCCUCCGCACCCCCCAUGGUGCGUACCCCGGCCCAAAACUUCGACAAGUAUGCGCCCAAACUAGACAGUCCUUACUUCCGACAUUCCAACUUCUUUCCAUCCUAUCCUCCUGCCAUGCCUGGGAUGCCCCCCAUGCUUCCACAUUCAGGUCCCUUUGGGUCCCUUCAGGGAGCUUUUCAGCCGAAGACUUCAAACCCAAUUGACGUAGCUGGCCGGCCAGGCGCAGUCCACCAUACGCUCUUGCAGAAGACUCCUCCAGGGGUGUCAGAUCCUUACCGGACACCAGUUAGAAAACCUGGGAAGUGGUGUGCAGUGCACGUGCAGAUAGCCUGGCAAAUCUACCACCACCAGCAGAAGAUAAAGCAAAUGCAGUUGGACCCCCACAAGCUAGAGAUUGGUGGCAAACUGGACCUAUUCAGCCGACCUCCCGCUCCUGGGGUGUUUCCGGGAUUCCAUUACCCACAAGACUUGGCCAGACCCCUGUUUUCCACAACAGGUGCUGCCCACCCAGCCACCACGCCCUUUGGCCCUUCACCUCAUCAUAGCAGCUUCCUGCCUACCAGUCAUUUGGCAGAUCCAUUUAGCAGGUCGAGCACCUUCAGCGGCCUUGGGAACCUAGGCAGCAAUGCCUUUGGAGGAUUAGGCAGUCAUGCUCUGACUCACAAUAGCAUUUUUGCUCAUAAAGACGGGCCAAACCUCCAGAGCUUUAAUAACCCUCACGAGCCAUGGAACCGCCUGCACCGCACCCCUCCUUCCUUCCCCACGCCGCCGCAGUGGCCCAAGCCCGGAGACUCUGAGCGCAGCUCUUCCGUGACCAACCACGACAGAGACCGGGAAGCAGAGAAGAGGGAUCUUACUUUAAAUAAAGACGACAGAGACAAAGAGAGGGACAUCAUGGACAAAAACAGACACUCGAACCGGUCUUCGCCGGCCUCCGCUCCCGUGUCGCACCAGAUCAGCAACCUGAUCCGCAGCAGCAGCCAGACCUCCAGUGAGCCCCUCCGCCAGAUCAGCCUGGGGGAGCGGGAGAGGCCCAAGGACCCCGAGAGGGAGCCGCGGGACCCUCCCCCGCCGGACCACAAGAUCAAGGAGAGCCGCUCCCCGGUGAAGGAGACGCCGGGCCAUGACAAGAGGCCUUCGGAGGACAGCUCCAAGCCCGUCAUCCAGUCUGUGUCUCCUUACGGUAAACCCCCCCUCGGCGAGAGCCUGAAGCUGAGCAACCUCAUGGGCAAGGAACUGGAGAGGAAGCCGGAGCUUCUGAGCGACCUGCAGAAGAUGAAGAACGACAUCAAGGUCAAGGAGGAGCGCAAGGAGGAUGGUGAUGUCCUGGUGGUGGGCGCCGAGCCCUCGCCGCAUCCCAGGGGUCCUGAGCACCCCGCUGCCCCUUCCCUGCACGGGCUGCCCCUGCCCCAUUCGAUGGCAGCCGCCGUGCCCCUCUCGAUGGGCAGUGGGCACCAGAUGAACAACGUGAACGUCCUGGACCGCUCUCGGAUGAUGACCCCCCUCAUGGGCAUGAACCCCCUAGCGCCGGGGCGUGAGCGGCUGCCCCACCCGAGCUUCUCCUGGGAUCCCGUGAGGGACCCGCUCCGGGAUGCCUACCGGAGCCUGGACUUGCACCGGCGGAUGGAUUUCCAGCUCCGGGCGGAUCCCAUCCACCGGUUCCCCGCCGCCUCUGGCUUCUACGACCACGAGCGUUCCUACCGGGACCGGGAGCCUCACGACUACAACCACGAGAACCUGCUGGAGGCCCGCCGCGAGCAAGAGCGCCAGCGGCAGGCGGAGGAGAGGGAGCGCCUGCACUUACGGGAGGAACUGGAGCGCGCCCGCAUGCACCACUUGCACUCGUCCCCCAUCGAGAGCCACCUGGCGCACAUGCCCUCUUUCAUGCCCCAUCUCAGCGGGAUGCAUUACCCGCGCCUGAGCCCCUCGGCCGCCAUGCACAAUGGGAUUCUAAACCGGACCCCCCCGACCGCGGCGCUGAGCGCCCCGCCCCCCCUGGUGCCAGCCAGCAGCACGAGGCCUGCCUCCCCACGCAGGACUACUCCACUCACAAACUCAGAAGCCAGAGACUACUCCCCGUCCAGGAACCCCAAAGAAGUCGAGGCGCGAUAGUCGUCCCCGCCACCCCCCGACCUCCCUCUCCUCCCCUCCCUCCCUCUCUCUCCCCUCUUCCCUCCCGCCCGCCUUUUAAACUCUUUUCUGUACAUAGACAGAAUCUCUUACAAAAUGCACUGCUGGAAACUUUCUUCUUUUUAAUGUAAAUUUGUAGAACUUAAGCACAGUUCCAUAAAUAAUGGGUGUUACGCAAACUUCCCAACAGUGAAGCUUGUGGAGAUGGGGAAUUUAAUAUAUAGCUUGUUCAGAUGAUUUUUUUUUUUGUUUCUGUGCUGAGGACACAUUACAGGAGAGGAAGGAGGAAAAACAAAAUUCAAGUUUGUACAUUUUUUUCCCAAAUGUGAGAAGCAUUUUUAAUGGAUUUGUAUUUUUUUUAAUUUUGUGCUCUUUAUUCACUUAAAAAAGAAAAAAAAAAGCUGUGGCUUUUCGUUUUUAGUUAAAUUUGCAAAUUGAAUGGCCUCAAUUCCUUAAGAAGAUACCCAGGGUUUCUUAAAGUAUUAUUUAUGGAGAUAACUGUAGUUUCUUACAGUCCACUGUGAGGUUCCUGGCUGAGGUCAACUGCUCACUUACCUUAUCUUGGUACUUGGGAACCGAAGUUACAGAUAUAUAUUAAAAUAAUAAUAAUUAAUAAUAAUGUACAAAACGGUUUGGUUUUUGCCUUAUUAUAUUAUGCAGAAAUUUAAGGGGAUUUUUUUGACUUCUUGUUUUAAAAAAACAACAAAGACGACGAAACUGUAAAUACUCUGUUAAUAUAAAUGUACAACAAUAUUAAAUUCUUAACAUAGGUAUACUUUAUAAAACGGUUUCUAGAACCACUCUGGUUAUUUGUUAACACGGUUACAAAACUCAUACGCUGUCAGUCGGAAACACACUCUCAAAAGUUAACUGCGGCAUAUGCACUUCAACUAUGCAAGAACUCGGAGGCAGGUCUUGGUGGAUGUUGGGGGGGGAGGAAGGUUUCCCAAAAAAAACAAAAAACAAAAAACAAAACAAACAAAAAAACCAACAAACCAACCCAAAAACAACUUGCAGCUAUAGAGACAGAAUGGAGUCGACGUGAUCAUGGAAGGAGGAACUUGUGUUUUAUCCAAGAGACAGAGAGAGAGAGAGAGAGAGAGACAGGGAGAGACUGCGUUAUCUGGACAAACACAGGGACAGUACACCAAACAGAGAGACAGACAGACAGAGAAAGAGAGAGAGAGAGAGAGCGGGACAGAGAGAGAAGUGCCGAGAAGGGGAUUCGGUUUCCUGUUCAAGAUGGCAGGCAGAUGGGACUGGCACGGCCUCACGCGGCAAAAACCCCUUUGUUUGUGUUGUGGGCAGGCUCGCUGGCAAGCAAGGACAAUUUUCUGUGGACCCCUUGUGCUAAUUGUGCAGUGUUCUUAUUGGAUUCUGUAUACAAGACAAGUAGAAUUUUAGGAGUGCAAAAAAGUCUAAUGGUUGAUUAAAAAAAAAGAAAUUCUGAUAUAUUAUCUAUAGUACAUGAAGACCAUAAGCAAAAUGUUUGUUUCAGUGUGGUUCUUCUGCCUUGAACUACUUUUGGCAUGAUUUUAUUUUUUAUUUCCAAUUUUACUUUCAUGCAUAUGUAAAUUUCACCAUGUUUUACUUGCUGUACAACCCCUCCCCCUCCCCUCCCCCCCCCCUUUAUUUUUUUAUUUUCCAGUAUCCAUGUUUCAUAUAUAUAUAAAUAUAUAUAUCUCGGGCUUUUUACGCUAGUUAAUUCAGCCAUCUGCUACUGUUUUCUUUCCUCAACUCUGUAUUCUUGUUCCCCAUCCUCCCCUCUUGCACCCCCUGUAAUUUUAAACAUUCAGUUUCCUUGUAGAUCAAUGAAGAUAAAUACAACAUUGAUUUUGGAUGAAAAA